AUGUCUCGUCUUCCGGACCCUUCGUAUGCUCCAUUUCGAGCCUCCUAUAACAGCUCGGUGUAUGAUAUCCGUCAACAGAGCAAAGCUCCCCGCGCGCAACAGGCCUGCGAUCAAUGUCGAAUCCGGAAAGCAAAAUGCGACGAGGGUCGUCCCGCUUGCAGUCACUGCAAGGAAUACACUCUAAUCUGUGUCUACAAAGAAGUUCCACUCUAUAGGCAAGCACAAGCCGUAAAACAGCUCCGUGAUCGAAUACAGCAACAAGAAGAUACCCUGGUUUAUAAAUUUUCCCAGAUACAAUCUGUAGUGACCGACAACAGCCUCCAGCUGAGCCAGCUAAGCCAGCUGAUCCAACGCUUGCUUAAGGAAGAUCCCUCCGGAACAAUCGAGGACAUGGACGUGGUUAGGAAUAACCAAAUGGUUCCGCAGCAGUGUGCCGACGACAUCAUGAACGGCAACCAUAUUUCCGUGACGAAAGAAGCUGGCGAGCUAUCUAUGCCUGCGGAACAUACUACUGCCGCUCACAAGCUACUGCAAUGGCCCUGUAUUCGACGGCUCCUCAAGCCUAAUGCGUAUAAAGCAGAUUACGUGAUGAGACUAGAAGAAGAGCGCGGUCUCAUCAGCGUCUACGGACGUGGUGAAGGUUAUGAAACUAGUGGAGAUCCGGUUACAUCGACCUCAUUAAUCAACCCGAGUGGUGCCGCGGGGGAAUUUGGCGAGCACAUUCCCUCACCCAGCGGGCCAUGGGGUGGAGCUAACCAGCCGCAGUCGAAGCUCGUGGACAUCGGACUGGACGAUACCGGUCGGGUAACAACCACACCGGCUACGAUACGUCGCUACUGUAGGAGUUAUAUGGAGCAUUUGCAUAAACUACAUCCAUUUCUCGAUCCAAAGAACCUCGAACAAAAGAUCGAGCUUUUCAUUACAACAUACUGCCCCGAUACUGGGGGUAAGACGCCAGGGGAUGCAAAACGGAAACGGUCGUGCGACGCUCACCGAGUUGCAGGACGUGAUAUGAAAUUUUCGGCCACCGUCAUGCCCGAAUCUGGAUCCACCAAUUCGAUCGAAUUGUCGAUCAACAACGCCAUCGUCUUGCUGGUCCUUGCGUUAGGCAGUAUCUGCGAAGUUAGGGACCGACCUGUCCCUGGCCCUAUCAUGGAUUAUGUCGUGGACUUUCGAAAGGAACAGUUCCCACGGACCCAGGCGCCAUCAUUGCCCACGGGAGAGGAGGUGGGGAAGAGCGGCCGCGCUUGGAUGGGAGGGGUCCUAACAAGUAACAUAGGACGUCACAAUCUUAGCGACCAAAAUCUACGGAACCUCGAUGUUAUUCCCGGAUUAGCGUUUUAUGCCUAUGCUACCAGCAUUCUUGGCAACUUCCAGGGUGCAAAUGGUCUACCCCAUGCCCAGGCGGCAUUACUCGCGGGGCUCUAUGCCGGCCAACUGGCUCAUCCUUUCCAGAGUCAUGGCUGGAUUGCCCAGGCUGCCCGGGCCUGUCAAGUAUUGGUUCGAUCCAACCCGACUGUUGAGAUGAGGGCUGACUUAUGUAGAAAAACGUACGAGAAGAUGUGUGAUGGUCCUGUGAAGGACCUGUAUGAUUUUGCUUACUGGACUUGUCUCCAGUUAGAAAGGCAAGCGAAGGCUAAUCUUCCGUCAAGUGAUAUCCUAGCCGAAUUGGAUCUCCCCGCUAGCGGUAUCUCGCGGUAUGAAGCAUGCAUUGCUCUUCCGAAGGGUCGAUUCACCCUCAGUCUCACGGACGAUAUCUAUGCACCCAAUACAGUGAUGAUGUUUUUCCACUCGGCGCAAAUUCACCUACGGAAAAUUCUCAACCGCGUUCAUGCCGAUCUGUACAAAGUUGAAGAACAAGGUCAAACCCGCUGGUCUUCUAAUGUGUUGAAAAUCUUAAGCGAGAACCUUGAGCUAUGGCGUGCUAGCCUCCCCAUAUCAAUGGAAUGGAAAGAUAGUGACCCCCCAUCGGAAGAUAUCAAUGUCGCUCGCAUGCGCGCUAAGUAUUACGGGGCUCGCUAUAUAAUUCAUCGACCACUUCUCUACCUCGCACUCCACUGUGCAGGGCAAUCAAAUCCAUAUGCGUCCUCAGUCGACUCACCGACAACGCCGGUAGCUGAUACCGUGUUUGGGUCCAACUCGCAGCCGAUAUCCUCGUCUAUAAUCCAAAAUCAAAAGACCGCCAUGAAUAUGGACCGGACCUACCGCCCUGCACAGCCCCUCAACCUCAGUGGUGGUCAUGGCCAACGUACGUACGACGAGCCACCGAUGAGGCUUCGUCAUGCAUGCAAACUAUGCAUUGACUCGGCGAUUCUGAGCACGGAGGCAUUUGAUGGCAUCAAAGGCCGGCCGGUCGUCACCAAUAUCUUUGGAACUGCUCAUGCCAGGCAAUUUGGUAACAUGCUGGUCUUAUCGGCCACGUACAAGUCCCACUUAUCCGAGCUGGUGAACCGAAAUGAUCUCGAGCGGCUUCUCCGGCGGACGAUAAAGUUCCUGCUACAAAGUCGCUAUAUAUCUCCCACUCUGCGAACCGACGCGCGAAUCCUAACCGAGAUUUAUGAAGGAAUUUUUGGGGGGCCUUCUGGUAUUCUUGCUCAUCAAAAUGAGUAA